AUUGAAGAAUGGUAGAAGUUUAUCUGUAUGGUCCUCAUGAACUCCAGUCCGUGAAGGUGUUCCAACAGGACCCUCUGACAAAGGAUGCCAUUGUGUUCAUCCAUGGUGGAGGUUGGAGAGACCCAAGCAAUUCUUUUGACGAUUUCAAGCCAAUUAUGAAGGACUUUUCAAAAUGCUCCUUAAACGUAAUCUCCAUAAACUAUAGGUUGUCACCCAGUGCAAACACCGAGGCUGAAUUGAAGAAGAUGCCUUAUUUCAGACACCCAUUCCAUCUUCUCGAUGUUCUAAAGGCACUUGUGUUUCUUGUGAAGGACAGAGGAUUGAAUAUCAUCCUGGUUGUUGGACACUCGGUUGGGGCAACUUUAUGUUUACAGCUAAUGAACUACAAGGAGGUUUUAGAAUAUGGGUUUAAAUAUAUCCCUGCAAACAACAAGAUGCUUCCCACGAAGCAAGAAUUAGACGAAAUAGACACUACAUUGGCAGAUUCACACUUUCGUCGGAUAUACUUGAUUGAUGGAAUUUUCGACGUGGAAAAUUUGGUACAAGAAUAUGGUGAUUCGUACCGAACUUUUGUACGGUGUGCAUUUGACUCUGAUGAUCACUUCAAGGACGCAGUCCAGACUUCCAACCACCAGCUUGGUGCUCCACACUUGUUCAUUCAAGACACUACUAAGGUAUUCCUUAUCCAUUCAUUAGAGGAUGAAUUACUCUCGCCUAGGCAAACCAAACUACUUGCUACAUAUUUGACCAGUGUGAACAUCAACCAUGAAGUUGUGUUGCAACCCUGGGGGCUACACGAGGAAGUUUACCGAAGACUGGAGGUUUCUGCCUUUAUUAUCAAGAAUUUAUUUUAAGUCAUAUAGGAAAAACGCUAUCGACUGCAGCUUUCACUCUGCAAAAGAGGUAUGAUUCUCCUUG